UAGAGAUUAGUACAACAGUAUGACAGAUCUGGAACAUGGAAUUACUUUCGAUAAAAUGGCCGAAUCAUUAUAUGAAGAUAUGAUAACCAUAAUACUUCGACAGCAAACGCUUCAAGCCUGGACAAAUCAUAUUUCAAGAGAGCAAAUGACAGAUGAUGCUAAUUCUGAUAAGAUGGUUAAUCCUGCAAUUUUUAAUAGAACAGACACUUCAAAAGAUAUCUAUGGUCAAGAUAAGGUCAAAUUAAAGACAUCAGAAACUUCACGAUAUUUUGCGGAGGAUAAGACAAGACAAGAGAAAAUAAGACGAAUUUUCUUUUUAAGAGCUUAUCAAAGUAAUAGAAGUUUAAUCCAUGGAUAG